GUAUAACCCGAAGUGUCAGCACUGUCGCUUAUAUCAACCUCGCGGUGACGUGCACAUGCCGAUAUGAGUCAAGACACAAUGCGAGGAAAUCCCCAAGGCCGAGAGAGCGACGAGAGGCCCCUUUAAAUCGACGCUUCCUCCGUGUUGUGCCAGGAGAGAGAGAGAGAGAGAGAGAGAGAUAGACAGAGAGAGAGAGAGAAAGAGAGAGAGAGAGAGAGAGAGAGAGCUCUGAUAAACAACAACACAGUUCUCAGAAGCCGAUUUUACCGGAUUCAGCUCUUAACUGCGGCCUCGCUGGAGGAGAAGUGAGGCUACGAGGACUUUCUCUCUGUUAUAACCAACGUUUGGUCGUGCGUUGUCUAUACAUUCAUUGCGGAAGUGAGGAGCUUUUCCACACGACGCAAAGCUUGGACUGUGCGGACAUCUAGCGGCCGAUCAGGAGAAGGCGCCCAUUACCUAGAGAUGUACGGAGCUUCAGGUAUCCCCGAGCUCAUCCCGCCCAGCGGGCCGCCGCGGCAGCCCGGCCCGGCAGGCCAGUACAACCCGGGACACCCCCAGGUCAACGGCCACGGCGAAGGGGCCAACCCUCAGAGACUCGGACAGAGGGCGCCCAAACUGGGGCAGAUCGGUCGUACCAAGAAAGUGGACCUGGACGACGAAGACCUGGACGACAUCAUGAACAACAACGGGCAGUGUCCUGUUUCCCUGUCGCCCAUCUCCUAAACUUCACCAUGAAGUGCCAAAAAGAUUUAAAAAAUACAUCAAACCCCCCUCCCUCCAACCACCCCCCCUACCCGCCCCGCCUAGGACGCCAAACCUGCACGUCAGUGAUCUUGGCCUUGACCCUGUCAAGUGUCCUACUGAAGCGCCUGACGGCUCGACUCGGCACAAACACGGCUCACUUAGCGCCAGCUGACGCCUAGGCCCUGAUUUGUAUAUAGUGUUUAUUUAAGUUAACGUUGGUCAGACUGGGAAUGAAUUGUAUUGCAUCGCCCUCUACUCUUUACCUCUGUAGGUGGCAGACUGUCGGGACUUGAGAAAGAUUUGGAGAGAGCGUCUAUAUUUUUCAGAGCUUCUUAACAAGGGCUACGUUUCUGAAGUUGCACUGAGCAAACGAUUUGGAUGACGGGCGGCCGCUCGCCCGCCCUGUUUGCUGGUGAGGGUUACUGAUUGUCUGUGUGUGUGUGUGGGGGGGUGGGGGGGGGGGGGGUGGGAGAGAACACAAGCCUGUUAAUGUGUAUCACACAGGUAAAAAUAUUAAGCUUUGGUUGUGCAAUGACUAUCAUUCUCUACUCUCACACUGAUGCAAGUGAUGUACUAUUAUCCAGUGGAUGAAAGCUCGCUAUUUACAGCAAAAAAAACAAAACAACAACUACUGCUAAUUAUUUAUUGUUUCAAAAAAAAAAACAGACAUUUGUUGUGUUGUUACUAUGGCUUCUACAUGGUUUUUACUUUGUUUUCUGAAUGGAUAUCGCUUCUGUCAUUUAUAACUUGAGAUUUCUUAUGUUUCCAAAAUGGUGCACUUUUGUGGGAAUGCCCGUUAUGUGCAGUGACAUGUUGCAGAAUUCUAUGCAUGAAGUCUGUUGAAGCAUCAGAACACGUAACUGGUAUCCCGUUAUUAAAGGGCUAAUGUAGUUGUAUUUCAAACCAAACACACACACACACACACACACACACACACACACACACACACACACACACACACACACACACACACACACACACACACACACACACACACACACACACACACACACACACACACACACACACACACACACCAUUUGGCCUCUUUAGAUCAUGCAGUCAGCGGGUUUUUUUUUUUGUUUUUGUUUUUUAGUCAGAGCUCAUUGUUGGCCUCGAGCCGCAGACUCAGCAGGAAAAUAUCAAAAACAACAACAAAGUUAUGGGAUGUUUUGUAUGUUUUCAAAAGGCAGGGUUUCUCCCCAGUUGGCCACACGACUGUGAUAAAAGAAAAAUUGCCAAAAUGAUAUUUUAAUGCUACGUGGGAUUGAUCAUGAAAAAGACACAGCACUAAUCCGUUUGCUGAGCUGCGGCGUCAUAGUGUCUGUUGACUUUUUAAAGAUAAUGACAACCUUUACUUUACAAUUACACUAUGAGACGAUGAAAACAAGCUGAAAACAAGCAGCCUAUGAUUAGCUCUUAUUGCUGAGACAAUCUACGAACACUGAUGUUUUUAGAGAUUGCGGUGGACCUCGGAAUGACAUAUUGUCUAUAAAAGGCUCAUGCUGAUGUCAUGUUACUUAGUCAGCUGUGAAAUUGUUACUAGUUCACUUUAUUUUUUAAUUUUAUUUUUUUGCACUAUGGAAGCACUGCAUUUCACAGCUCCUUCUCUGACUCAAAGGUUGUCGUUUUGGGUUGCGGUCGCCAUUUGCAUGGAAAUGGUCGACUUUUCAAAAAAAUGCAUCUCGGGAAAUAAAAGACGAAAUCUUUGUGGAA